GUCGACUUUAGAGUGGCUUGGUGAUUCCGUUGAGCCGACAAUUCUCGUCCUUCGUUUCUGAAAUAUAAACCCGACCACUUCCCAAUUGAACCUCCCAGUAAAACCCUUCACAUCAGACAUCAUGUAUGACUACGAGGUAUUGUAUGAUCAACCGAAUGCAGGGCGACGCAGUACAUUGGGCUGUAAUAAAGGCAAGGUAUCUUGCACGGAACAAGAUGUGAGCGUACUGCAGCUACAGAGAUAUCUAGAUGUGAACGCCACACCAGCACGUGAUGAAUUUAGCCGUCAAAUUGGACAGAGUACAACAGAAAGCAUGGCAAUCGAAAUAGCUAUGGAGAAACAAAGGAGGAAAGAAUGGGAACGGAAGCAGAAAGUACUUAGCCUGAUGCGUUCAAAAAACUCUAGCACAUAUCUCACAAGACACUCGGAACCGCCCAUGAAUACGGUGCGAUCAACGUUGGAGCAAAGCCGGACCAAGUCGGAGGCUACCCCUACAGGGGCUUCGCUUAUGGAUCAAGUUAUGCAAGAAGUAAGCACGAGAUAACGAGAGGCAAU